CCAGCUGAGUCCAACGGAGCCGAAUGCCGCUGAGCAAAGCCCAGCCAUCAGGGAGCAGAACGUGGAAUAUCCAUGGCUCGAGUGACACAGGAACUGCCUCUCAUGUGCCUGAUGCUGCUUCUUCUCUGCAGAGACCUGGGUGUGGGUGCCCAGGCGGGUCAGGGCUUCAGUCUGCAGCAGCCCCAGGACAAGGUGAUGGUGGCAGCGGGAGAGACGCUCACCCUGAACUGCACCACGUCUGGAAUUGCUGGACCGGGUCCUGUGAAGUGGCUGAAGGGCUGGGGCAGUGGGAACAAGAUCAUCUAUGACCAGAAAGGGGACUUCUUACCCAGUGUGACGAAAGCGGUGGUUGAGUCCAACACAGACUUCACCAUCCACAUCAGGAAUGUUCAGCCUGAGGACAUGGGCACCUACUACUGUGUGAAGUAUGUCAAGGCAGACACUGGUGUGGAUGAGGUGUCUCACCGUGGCAGGGGCACUGAGGUGUCUGUGCAAGCCAAACCCAGCCCCCUUCUCGUGUCUGGGCCCAGGCAGAGAGCGAGGCCAGGGCAGUCGGUGCCUUUUGUCUGCACGACUGGAGGGUUCUUUCCUGAAAAGAUUGGGGUGAAAUGGUUCAAGAACAAGGACCCCAUGGUGGCUCAGCUGCCCCAGGUCACCGAAUGGAGGAUGAAAACCUACAACAUGUCCAGCACAGUGAUGGUGACCCUGCAGAAGGAUGAUGUCCGCUUGCAGCUCAUCUGUGAGGUGCGGCACUCCACGCUGCCGGCGCCGCUGCGUGGGAGGUUCCAGCUCAGCAGUGUCCUGCGAGUUCCCCCCAGCGUGGAAGUGCGCGCUGAGCCGAGCCCCAUUGAGGUGAACAACACCGUGGUCUUCACCUGCCUCGUGAAGGAGUUUUACCCAGCAAAGGUGUCCAUUUCCUGGCUGGAGAAUGGGAUUGAGAUAAAGGCAGAGAACGUCUCCCGGCUAUCUGAGCUCCCCCAGGGCUUGUUUGAGCUGAGAAGCCAGGUGGAGGUGCAAGUGAUGGAGGAGAAAAACGGGUCCACGAUCACCUGCAUGGUGGUGCACGAUGCCCAGGCCCCUGCCAACUACUCAGCCGUCCUGUGGAUCUCCAACACGGCCCAGGAUGUGUCCCACAUGAAUAAGGGUGUAAAUUUUGUGUCCAGCCUCCUCCUCCUCCUCUGGCUUGGUAUCCUGCUGGAGAAGGGGCUCCUUGGUGGGCUCCUCUUCUUCCUUUUCAAGCGCAUGAAGAGAAAAGCACUGGAGAUGUUGCCCUAUCCUGCUCCACCUCAGUCCCUGGCUCAUUGAGCCGGGUCCCAGGGCUUGGCCACUGCCAGCAGUGAUAUAUGAACCUGGAAAUAAACGAACCAGGAUGCACAGGCUGCUGUGGGCUGCUCCGUGCCGCCAGUCCCGCCGCAGUCCCGGCCCUGCCUGUGGCCUCACACCUGGAGGAUUGGCACUGCCCAUCCCUGGGGCUCAGUGCUGAACACCAGGGCUCGGUGCUGCCCAUUCCAGGGCUCAGUACCCAGUGCUACAGAGUGCUCAGUACCCUGUGUUCGGUGCUCACUGCCUGGUGCUCGGUGCUGCCCAUCCUGGCAGCUGUUUCUCGGUGCUUGGUGCCCAGUACUUGGUGCUGCCCAUCCCGGUGCCCAAUACCUGGUGCCCGGUGCCCCAUGCUUGGUACUCGGUGCGUGGUUCCCAGUGCCUGGGGCUCAGUACCUGGUGCCCAGUACCCACUGCUUGGUGUCUGGUACCCAGUGCUCGGUACCCGAUGUUGGGUGCCCGGUACCUGGUGCCCAAUACCCAGUGCCCGGUACCCGGUACCCAGUGCCCAAUACCUGGUGCUUGGUGCCCGGUACCCGGUGCCU